ACAACGUUCAAGUUCCAACGUUGGCCAGUCGGUGAGUCGGAUCUCGAAGGCGAACGUCGGUUCGUUUCCUGCGUGAAAAUUAACCUGUUGCUACGGUGUUCGUUUUUUUUACCUGAUCGUUUGAUUUCGGCUUUUGUGAUGUUUUUUUGAAUUACUUUUUCAUUAGUUCGUAAAGUGUUUAGUGGUUGGUAUGAACCAUUCAAUGAAUUGUUACUCGUUUUACCUUCGUCCGGCUUUGUUGUUUUCGACUCUAGUAAUGGUUUUAGUCACCUGAGUGUCUUUAGUGUUGUUGUUAUUCAUCGAGCCUUUGACCUGAAAUGUGAUCGGUGUUUGGUUCGAGAUAUUUCAAUAUUGUGUUAACUUAGCUGAAAAUCAUUCAUUACCUUUUGUUUGCGCGUUUUUUUGUACGUAGUGUUGUUUGUAUUCUAACAAGAUGCCUUGUUCGGCUGUAACAUUGUCUUUGGCUACGAUCUCAGCGAUUGUUGCAACUGCAUUGCUAGCAAUUGCCUUUUCUACCGAUAACUGGUUAUAUACCGAAGUCCGAAGGAAUAAUAUACAGCAACAAUUGGCCAAAAAAGGAGGUCAAGAUGCAUUGGUGGAACAAAUGAACACUAAAUAUUACUAUUUCACCAGGACGAAAGGAUUAUUCAGAAUAUGUUAUCCAAAAGAGAAGCCACCUACUGUGGACACAUACCUGAGUCCGGUGGAAACUCAUUGUAUGAAUAUCGAUUAUUAUAUACCAGAUACGGAAAAUCGAACAAAAGAUUUUAACGAUUAUGCCAUGACCAGGCUACAUAUGGGACGAUCGGCUAUCGCUCUUUUCAUAGUGUCAUUUUUUGUGAUAUUCGUGGCAUUUUGGACCGGAGUGGCGGGCUGUUGGAGACGUUCUCCUGGUAAUAUUACCGCAACAGCGAUACUCAUUUUACUUUCGUGUUUGCUAAGCGCAGGAGCGAUGGGAUUCUGGCACGGAGUCGAAUAUUACGAAAAAGAACGAAGGAUCGGCGAAGAAUUUUAUCAAGAAUGGAAUCCGCUUUUGAAGGAGUUUUCGAAGAUACAUUACGAUUGGUCUUUCUAUUUGGCAUGGACCGGAGUCGGUUUGAGUUUAACUUCGGCUAUAUUAUUUUCUGGUGCUGCUAUUUGCCUGCGAGGUGAACGAGAAAGAGAAGAAGCUGUUAAUAUGCAGUAUUUAAUGCCAGUUUAUCCGCAGAAACAACCGUAUACUUAUGCAGGUUACCCAACGACAGCUACAGCAUAUCCAGCUGGUCCUUACUACCAUGGUUCGCAAUACGGGCCUUAUAAUUAUUAAUAAUAAUAUGCUCAAGUAUUUGUAACAAAAGAUUAGCAGUUGUUGUGCGUUUUUCUUUCGCACAUUGGAGAACACGACGCGGCGCGGCGAGUAACUAAAAAAAGGGGUAUCUUCGAUCUGCCCAAGUCCUACCCAUCAUACUCAUCGAAAAGGUCUGGAUAUCGGCAUCGCGUAAUUUCUGAUACCAGAUUAUAUCAAGCAAGAUUGCUGCUAGAUUUUUUUCAUAACUGUGAUUACAUUUUCAUUUUAAAUUUUUUUCUUUUUCUUUUUCUUUUUCAUUAUUUAUGUACUACGACGUAUCGAGUAGGUAUGUGAAUCUUUGUAAAACUGUAGAACGUAUCGUAACAAUACGGUAUUUUUUAUUCGGCGAUACCGGAUUUUAAAAUGUAUUUUGUAUUUAUUUAUUUAUCGUUUUAUGUAUUUUACGUUCUAAUUAUUUUAAUUUAACUAAAGAAUAGAUAUGAUCAAAAUAUAAGGAAAUUUUACAAA